UCAAGAAAUCAUACUCUUUGAAAUUCCAUACGCUUUCUCUAUGGAUCGAGUUCUUCCUCUUUCAAGUAGCUCACAGCUGAGUAGGGUUAUUGUCAGUUGUUCGAAAAUAAUUGUGAAAUUGUACCUAUAAACGCUCAAUAUGGUUGUUGGAGACUUAAAAACUGAUCAGGGAAUUAAGUCCCUAAACGAAUACCUUGCGGAUCGAAGCUAUGUCUCAGGGUACGAACCUUCACAAGCUGAUAUAAGUGUCUUCGAAAGUAUUUCCAAAGUGCCUAGUGCCAAUACCCCUCAUGUUUUACGCUGGUAUAACCACAUCAAAUCUUUCGAUGGAGCUGAGCGUAAGAAGCUUCCAGGUGAGAAGAAACUUCCUAGUGGUUUUACUGGCGGCUCAGCUGCUGUAGUGAAUGGUGCACCUACCCCUGCCAAGGAAAGCAAGCCUGCCCCAGCUGCUGCCGAAGACGAUGACGUUGAUCUCUUUGGGUCCGACGAGGAGGAUGACACUGAAGCAGCUAAGAUCCGUGAAGAGAGGUUGAAGGCUUACGCCGAGAAGAAGUCCAAGAAACCUGCCCUAAUUGCCAAAUCAAGUAUUGUCCUUGACGUUAAGCCCUGGGAUGAUGAAACUAAUAUGAAGGAAAUGGAACAGAAAGUCAGAACUAUUGAGAUGGAUGGCCUUCUCUGGGGAGGAUCCAAACUGGUGCCAGUAGGAUAUGGUAUCAACAAGCUGCAGAUAAUGUGUGUUGUUGAAGAUGAAAAAGUAUCUGUCGAUCUGCUAACUGAACAAAUCCAAGAAUUCGAAGAUUACGUUCAGUCCGUUGAUAUUGCUGCAUUUAAUAAAAUUUAAUUGAUGCCAUACUUACACCUGUUGUACCUACCUUUUUUGCUUAUGUAUUAAAAAAUAAUUUUCAGUAAGUCUGAUUUUCAUUUUGAAAGUAAUCUACAAUGAAACACAUUUUCUAACUUUUCCAUUCCCCUCUUUUUCAAAUUUGUGUAUUUUAGAUAAUCUAAAUUAUUAUGCAAACGUAUUUAUUAAUGUGUCUUCUGUGGGGGGGAGAUGAAGUAUAAUUAUUUGACAUUAUUAUUUUAUUUGAAUAAAAAGUCUAAUUUAUUGUAGAAUUUUUAAGGUUUUUGUAAAAACAGAUUAAUUUGCAUAUCUAAAAAAUCCCUCUGUUUCCAAUUUUCUGGUGAAUGUUUCCAGCUAAGUAUGCAAUCUUCAAAAUUAGUUGAGCUCCACUAUGCAAGAAUACAGUGAAAGAUUUUAGUGAGACCUUUUCUGAUUCUAACUACAUAAUGCACAUUCAAGUCAAUUAUCAAAAUGUCUUAUUUAUUUUUACUUGGUGUCCCAAAAAUGGAAGUCUCCUGUCCA